AUGAGACAGACAGUCGCUGUUGGUGUCAUCAAGUCGCAGGGUGCCGGUAAGGUUACCAAGGCUGCCGUUAAGGCUGGCAAGAAGUAA